AUGAUGAUGUUCGGCAGGAAGAAGGAGAAAGUAAAUGAUGACACACCGGUAAUAAUUAAAAAACCACCUGUACCUCCGAAACGUACCAUAAUCAACAAUGAUUCUUUUCAAACAACACUUAUCUCUUCUUCGAAUGCCAUCACUACAACAACUUCUACAACAACUUCUGUGACAACUAACUAUUCAUCGCCGUACACAACUGCUACUGUUUCUUCCAAUGUUCAGUUCCAAGCUGGUCCUAGCAACGAUGUUUCUUCAACUUCCAACGACGUUCCAACUUCUCUGUUCGGAAUUCCUAAAGAUUUUGGUAUAAAAGAUUUGUCUUUGCCAUCGUUAGCUCCUGUUCAAGUCAAAAUCCGUAAACUGAAACUUCAGAAAGGAAUAGGAGGAGAUUUCGGUUUUACUAUUCGGAGGGUUCAAUUUCCCGUAGGAACAAAAGGAGAAUUACGAACUGUUGUAUUCGCUGAACCAACGGAAAUUCAUGCUGGCCCUCCUAGACCGGAUGAUAUCAAGAAUGGCUUGCUGCCUGGUGAUCAACUGUUGGAAAUAGAUGGGCGCAGGGUUGAUUCAUUAAGUAGAGAGGAGCUUCAUGAGCUUGUCAGACUAGCCGGUCAAACGAUAGAACUUGUUGUAAAAGCUGUUCCGGAAUUGGCAGAGUUUUGUGAUAGAAGGCGAGGAGUGCGUGAUGGCGGAGAUGCACUUUUACUGAGUAAUAUAGACACUAACGUGCAAUCAGAUAUACCUGAAGAUCAGCGAUAUUGGUUAGUUCAUAAAGGUGGCUAUACACUUGUUCGGUUGGACGGACUUCUGGGAGAUGGACGAGCUAAAAUACAUGUGGCAGGACAAUCUAUGGUUGUGGAUUCAACGGAUAUUGAUAGAGCCAACCCAAGCAGACUUGAUAGAGCUCCCGAUGUCGCUCAUCUUCCUUAUAUUAACGAAACGAGUGCAGUUCAUUUAUUGAGACAACGAAUUGGAAGCAACUUACAAUAUUCUAACGCUGGAUCACAGUCUUUACUGUGUGUUACUUCUAUAGACGGCGUAGAAACUGCAGCUCAAGAGAGACUUGUACAUCUCUUUAAAGGAUGUCGAAGAGGACAAAUGCCAGCUCAUAUAUAUGCAACUGCUCAACAAGUUUAUAGAAAUUUGCAAAUGACAGGAUUAGCUCAAAGUGUUGUUUUAACUGGAGCAACGGGUAGUGGGAAAUCAACCCAGCUCCGCAAUUUGGUUCAUUAUUUAUCGUCCGUUGCGGGAUGGACUAAAGCACUGACAUUUGAUAAACUAGCUCUGGUCUUGGGUGUGCUGGAAGCUUUCGGUCAUUGCGCAACUCCUCUUCAUACUGAUUCAACCCGAUUCGUUCAUUUAUUCUCUUUAGGAUUCGAUAAGGUUGCUGCAUUGAAGUCGGCGAGAGUUCAAGCCUGUCUACUGGAGUCCGAUCGAGUUCAUCGUCGACCCGAUGGAGAGUCUUCGUUUCACGUUUUCUAUUAUUUAUGGGAAGGCGCUGAUGGUGCUCUUCGUGAAAAGCUUCAACUCGAUAGUAUCGAAAAUCCCACUAUUAGACCUUUCCAUCGAACAGCUGAAAGAGAGAAGGCUAAAGAGGCUUUCAAUCAUCUACUCGGUGCACUAGUUGAACUAGGGUUCGAUGAAGUUCGGAUGCAGGCUGUUUUAUCAGUACUAUCGGCCAUUUUACACCUUCAUGCUGCUGGAUCAACUCCAGGAUCAGCUCAAAAAGCGAUGUUCUUGAGAACAAAGCAUGCACAGAUUGCUGCUGGUCUACUAGGAGUGUCUGUUGAAGAUUUGACUCAGGCCGUUUUCCGUGGAAAAUCUCCUUCGACUCAAGUUAACUUGAAUUCGGUUACGAAUCGCCUUGCUAUAACUUCACGAGGCCCUGAUGGACCCGAAGCAUUGGUAGCUUUUGCAUCUUCUCUGUAUCAAGAGCUGUUCAUUGUUGUCUUGGAACAGUUGAAUAAAGCCUUGGCAUCAAAUACGACCUGCACGUUCAUUUCGGUCUUGGAUUAUCCUGGCUCAACCUUCCAUUCCGAGUGGGUCGAAGGUGCUCGAGCUACUCUUGGUUUGAAUGAUCUCGUGUUCAAUUAUAUCAAUGAACGAGUAGCAGAGCUCUUCCACGAUGCAAGCUUUACCGAACCACAAGAGGUUUACUCACGGGAGCAAGUAGAUGUUCAUGUAGAAAAGCCUGUACAAUCUCCGCAUGAUAUGAAUCGCUUGCUUGAUCAGAAACAACAACUUUUAACCUGCACUGAUAUUGACAGGAGAUCAGAGGAGCGUCGAGGUCUUAUGGCCAUUCUAGAAGAAGAAUCCAUGUUCCCAGGAGCCACUGAUGACAGUUUGCUGGAAAGAUUAUUUGUUCAUCUCGGUGACGAAUCGAAACUUAUUCGACGAGGAACUCGAUCCAGACAGAUUAUUCUUAAUCAUGCUAUGGGAGCUUACCCUGUCACUUACAAUAUCGAAGGAUGGGUUAAGCAAGCACAACCUUGUGAGAGCACCGGUGUCGUACGACCACUUUUAACGUCGAGCAAAAGUGAAAAUGUUGGAGCUUUGUUCACCAUUCCUCAACAGACCGCUGAUAUGUCCAAGCUCAGAAGAGCAACUCAAGUUGCACAGAUGGAAUUAGCUGCAAAACGAGCACCCUCGGGUUUCUUAGCGUACAUAAAUUCUCAGAUUGACUACGUUUUCUCGUCUCUCAGACGAGCUCCUCGUUCACAUUUUGUACACUGUGUUCAGCCGACUGCGGCUAUGCGGACAGCUUCAGAUAUUGUCGAUGUUCCUUUUAUGCGCAGUCAGAUGAGGUCUGUCUUACUCAUCGAUUCCAUCAGGGCCAACAACAGAGGUUUUCCAGAGAGAGUACCUUUCCGGGAUUUCCGGCGAAGGUUCGGUUGUCUGGUUGAAGAGAACGCAUCUUCCCUUGAUGAAGCAUUGGAUGAUAGAACUGCUGUUGCACGUAUUUUGGAAAAAAUGGACAUUCAUCAGCAUAGAUAUCGCUUGGGAAUGAGCCAAGUUCUUUUAGCCAGUGAUGUUCUCACGGAACUUGAAGAUAGGCGCGAGCUAUCUUUGUCCGGUUUCGUUACAGCCCUUCAACGCGAAUGUCGUCGCCAUCUCGCACAGAAAUGGAUUCAACGUAGAAGAGUUUUGGAGACAGCUAUUCGUUGUAUACAGAAAAAUGGUUGUGCAUACAUGAAAGUCAGAGAAUGGCAGUGGUGGAAACUAUACACCAGAGUUGUUCCCUUACUAGCUGCAACCAGAUCUGACCAGAACAACAGUGAAUGGGAAGCUCGAUUAAGGCAACUUGAGAAGCACCUCUCUGAUAUGCGAGCAUCCAAAAAUCUCGCUGAAGAGAAAGUUGAAGAACUGGAAGAAACAUUGGCUCGUGAGACACAAUCAGCUCAGGAAACUGCCAGUGCUCUUGAGAGAGAAACUCAGGCUCGCAUACAGCUAGAAAGACGCUUAGAAAAGUGGCGUGAUGGAGGUAUGGGAGAUGACGUAAUCAGUAGAGUUUCCUCAAGUGCUCAGUUGGAAAGCGAGGACCGAGAGAAGAAGUCUGAAAUAGUUAGAAUGAAAGAAAUGGAAGAACAAGCCCGAGUUAAAGCACAACGAGCAAUCGCUCAGCUCCAGGACGUAGAAGCUGAGCUUAAUAAAGUACGCGCUCGUAAUGAGAUUUUAGAGAAAAAACAAGAUCAGUUUGACCAGAGUGUUGGAACUGUUGAAAAACAAUUGCAUGAAAUGAAAACUGAGAAAGAAGCCAUUGAAAAAGAGAAAGAGGAGCACCAAAUGAACUCUUCUCGACGGGCAAACGAAAUAAUGACUCUUAAAAACGAGUUAACAGAUAUAAGAACAGUUGUCUCUCGUCUUCGACGUGAAGCCGAAGAGAGGGAUGGAAACAUCAGUAGCAGUGACGAAGCUGCGGUUCUUCAAAAGGAAAAACGGGAUUUAGAACAGAAAAUCCGUGAACAAGAAGAAGAAAUGGAUGACUUGGCUGGACAAAAUCAUCUUCUUCAACAAUCAGUUACCAGAUUAGAGAUGGGUGCUGAAAGAUUGAAGACAGAUCUUGGCCGAGAAUCUAACGCUCGUGAAACGGAAAUUGAUGAGCUAAGAGCCCAGUAUCAACGCCGUUUAAGAGGAAUGGAAGAUCAGCUGGCUGAUGCACAGGACAAGCAUCAAACGUUACAAGCAGAGAAUCGUCUCCUGGAAACCAGAUUGAGAAAAAAUGAUAUAACAACUCACAACUUCGAGCUGUCGGGAGGUCAUUAUCGUCGUGAGUUACGGAAAGCUCUAGCUCUUUUGGCAGAUACUCAAGCCUUAUUGGCACACGAGAGAGAAUCUGCUCCGUCUCAAGCUCUGAUAAGACAACUGAGAGAACAAUUGGAAGAUGCAGAAGCUGCGCGUACCAGUGCUCUCAAGAGCAGGCAUAACUUGGAAAGUGAACUGAAUGAAGUCCGGGCUCUGCUUGAUCAAACUAUGGUUGCCAAAAAUCAUGCUGAUGAACGAAUUUCCGCCCUACUUCGUGACAGGAAUAGUGGAGCCGCACUCGUUCAAGAGAAAGAUGAACAGCUUCAAUCAGUCCUGAAGAAAUAUAAGCAGGCUUUGCAGCAGAAUCAAAUUGAUCAUAUAACUAUCAAUGAUUACGUCGAACAGAUAGCUGAUUUGGAAAAAGCCAAAGCUAAGCUAGAGUGUCGCGUGAACGAUUUGGAAUCUGAAUUAGAGUUCAACCGUAUUCAUAUGGUCGAGAAACACCGCCUUGUGCUAGCUGAACAAAAGAUUAAAGAUACUGAGUCUAAAGUCGAAUUAGAAGCUGCUCACAAGCUAAGGCUAGAGUCUAUGGUUAUCAAAUUGACUGAUGAAGUGGAGUCUCUUACUGAACAAACCAGAGAACUGACAACAGCAAGAGAUAAGGAAAUCGAGAAUGUGCGGAAGACAAAAAAAGAAUCUGUUCUUCUACAAGAAUCAAUAGAAGAAUGGAAAAAGAGAGAGCUCGAUGCUGCUGCAAAGCAGAAAACUCAGCGAGAUGACACUGAACGUCUUGAAGAACAAAUUAAGGUGUUGCAAAACGAUCAGAGACUCUCUCAAAAGCGAAUCGAGGCUCUCCAAGCUGCGUUGAGUGAAGGUCUUGGUGAGGAUGACGAUGAAGAAAGUGAUCUAGAUGAAAGAGAUGAUCUCGGAACUGGAAUCAGUGUGUUAUAA